AUGGAAGCUCCCAAAGGAGCCAUGAGAAUGGCUGUCCUCUCAGCCGCCGUGCUGAGAGGGACGGCGAUAGGAGCGCGGCCCAAGGCCAUGCAGAGGGACGAGCAGAAGUACGGAAGCGAAGAAAAACUAAGAGACUGGAACAAGGUGGUGGACCUGUACUGGGGCAUUGAUCCAGAGGAGUGGGACAGUCCAGAGCUGCAGAGACUACGGAUGAAAUUACUGGAAGAAUGUCUGAAAACUUCAGCCGGUCCAUGCUUUGUUGGGCUCAUUGGAGAGAAGUAUGGCAGCAUUCGGGUCCCAGGUGAGGUGGAGUCGGCCGAGUUUGACAUGAUUUUGGAUGCGGCAGAGGAGGCGGGACUAGACACACGGAUCUUGGAGGAGUGGUAUUGUCGGGAUGAGAACUCAGUCCCACCUGCCUACUACCUAAAACCAAAAGCUGAGAUACUGAAGAACUACCAGAACUCCAUUGAGUCAAACAGCAUAGCAAAAUCAAAGAAUGACAAGGAAUGGAGGGCAGUCUUAGAGGAAAUCAAGAAGAUCUUCAGAACUUCUGUUUUACAGCUGCAGGAGAAGGGAACGAUGAAGAGCGAUCAAGCCAAGAAAUUUCUUUGCUCGGCAUUAGAGGAUGAACUGGAUUUCGCACUGGGCAAGCAAAGCCCAGCCUUCCUCAAGAAAUGUGUAUGUUACAUCCGGAAGAUAUCCAACUUUGACCGUUUCGCUAAACUCCCUGAGAUGGCACGCUACAUGGACACUGUAGUGAGCGCCGACCAUGUCAUGAGAAACCAAGAAGCCUAUGAACGUCUUUUGAAAGUAAGAGAUGAGUUCAUUCCAACGGUGGUGGCAGCAUCCAAUCUUCGAGUCUACUCGUCGGUCACUCAUUGUGACAUGAAAUUUGGCUAUUCACAGGAAGUAGAGAGCCACUACGUUGAAGGUCUAUGUAAACAGUUUUAUGAAGACAUGGUGGAUAUCAUCCAGGCCACGGUCCAACAGAACUUUGAUACAGAGACAGAUCCACUGUAUGAUGAAAUCAUACAGCAUCUGUCUUUAUGCAAGACUUUUUCAUCUUGUUUUGUGUACAAGAGUGAAGCCUUGGACAUAGUCCAGGAGUACCUGUACCCCUCCAAAGGUGGUCGAAUAACCCCCCUAGUGGUGUAUGGAGGACCCUGCACUGGAAAGACAUUGUUACUUGCUGAAGUGGCAAAACAGGCUUAUUCAUGGCUACAGAAAGAGAUGGGACCAGAAACAGACCCGGUCAUCAUUGUCAGAUUCAUCGGCUCCACAGACUUCUCUACUGACCUUCGCACCCUGCUACAGAGCAUCUGUGAGCAGAUUGCCAUCAACUAUCGGUGCCUGAUCCACUUCUUACCUAACAAGAUCCAGGAGAUGAGGGAAUUGCUAGUAAAUUUGCUUGGGGAGUCAUCAUUUCACCGACCUCUUGUCAUCAUUUUGGAUGCCUUGGAGCAGUUGGCGGAUGUUGACGAGGCCCGAAAGUUGUGGUGGCUGCCUGUCCACCUGCCACAUACAGUCCGAAUUGUAGUGUCCACCCUACCCAACAAGCAUGGGAUACUCCAGAAAUUACAUUGCUUGAUACAUGACGAGGAUGCCUAUGUUGAACUGAUGCAAAAAGAUCGCAAAGCUUGCAGUCAGACACUUAAACAGCAGCUUCUAAGUGUCAAACGGAAGGUGACCUCAGGCCAACAGAUAUAUGUGAAUGAAGCAAUGGCAAAAUGUACACUCCCCAUGUUUGUCAACCUCAUCUACCGAGAGGUAGUUCACUGGCGGUCACACAAGGAUGUGGAUGACAAAUCAUUGAGUUCUACAGUACACGAAAGCAUUGAGCAGCUUUUCUACACUACUGAAAACAAGCUUGGCUCACACUUUGUCUGUCGGGCACUGGGCUACAUUACAAUGGCACGGGCAGGCCUGACAGAGCUGGAGCUAGAGGAUAUCUUAUCUUUGGACAACAGUGUCCUUGGGGACAUCAUAGUGAGCUCUAAUCUUAAAAGCCCGUUGCGUAUUUCUUAUGAUUUCAUAGCCAGUCUAAAAGAAGAACUAGAAGGUUAUUUAGUAGAGCGUCAAGUCCAUAGUGUAACACUGAUGGCGUGGGCAAAUCGCCACCUGCAUCUUAUAGCACAAAAGCUAUACCUUAGUAAUGAAGAAGAUGUACAUCAAAUGCAUAGCCUUUUGGCUGAGUACUUCCUUGGAGCAUGGGCAGGUGGUAGAAAGAAGAUAUUCCAUUGUGACAAUAAUCACUUCGCCUCCCUGAAUAUCUCACACCAUCGAAACCCUCAUCACCAGCAGAGCCUUCAUGGCCAUGACAAAGCUUCUGCUGACAAGCACUCUUAUGACAGACAGACACCCGAACAACCCUGGGUGUUCCAGUGUAACUUACUAGAGCCGGACAUCUUCUUUGUCAACCACCGAAAGAUGAUGGAGCUGAAAUACCACCUGACAAGAAGUGGCCGAACAGAUGAUCUCAUAUAUGGUGUCAUCAUGAACUUCAGCUGGCUCUACACUAUGAUAAAGAUUGGGCAGUUUGACAAGGCCCUGUCAGAUAUUGACCUAGCUUACAGCUUCACGCAAGAAAAGGAACUAAAAUUUCUUGCAACUAUGCUCCGCAGUAUAAAGCUUAAAGUGACAAAGAAUCCUGCAUCACUGUCUGCUGAACUACAGCAAAGACUCCUUCCAGUUGUCACAUCUCUUCCCAAGCUCAGACACCUCCUUCUUGAAUGUGACAAGGAUGGUCCUAAAUACUGCUCCAUUGUGCCACUGCACUCUUCCAUGGAUGUCACCUACAGUCCAGAGAGAUUGCCACUCUGUUCUAGCUACAUGCAAAUAGUGGAGAUUCUACCUACAUUAGCUCCAAACAUAGUCAUUGUGGCCCUCGAAGAUGGAUCUGUCAGCACAUGGGAUGUUGAGAGUAGACAGUUGAUAAGACAGAUAGACACAGCGAGGUCGGUUGUUCUUGGCAUCAGGCUAACCUCAGAUGAGAAGUAUCUGGUAGUGGCAACCACAAAAAACACACUUCUAAUUUAUGACAACCACAAAUCCUGCUUGUUGUCGGAGGUGGAAGUGAAAGGGUCCACGAACUGUGGUAUCACUGGUGGGGUAGCGUUCAUCAAUGGAUUCACCUUGUCCAGCCACCAUGCCUUAGCUUGGCUGGAGGCAAGCAAAGACGUCAUUGUGAUUGAUUUGCUCUAUGGUUGGCCAUUGUAUCAGUUCCAUUGCUGGUAUGAGGUAACCUGUGUCCAAUGUUCCCCAGAUGGAAUGUAUGCUUUCUGUGGACAGUAUCUCAACACAACCACCAUAUUCCACCUUGGUAGUGGGGACAAGCUUGCUACAAUGACUUCUGAGUUCUCUGGUGGAUUUGUUAAGUCCAUCCUGAUUCUAGAUACAAUCCAUCAAAUGGUGAUGAUCGACAAUGAGGGCAGUCUAUCCGUCUGGAACACCAAAGAUAUCACAAAUCCCAAGCUGAUGGAGGAUUAUGACUGCAGAGUAGAUGAGACCGAAGUGGUGGGCAUAGAACUCUCUGAGGAUCAGCGAUCCAUCCUCAUCUGCAAAGCGAGAAGCAUUGAGGUGCUGGACACCAAGAUUUGGAAAAUGGCAGAGAAGUUCAAGGCUAAGCGUAGCGAAAAGUUUGUAGCGGCCGUUCUCUCCAAGAAUAGCCAAAGCAUAAUAGCUUCCAUGGAGAACACAUCAUCCAUAUUUGUGUGGAGAAGAGACAGUGGACAGUGCAUGGCCAGCUUGAUAGAGAUAUCUGGAGCCAUUGUAAAAUUGAGCAAAUCAACACACCAUAACUUGCUGCUGUCUGUAGCCAGCAGCGGAGUACUUUCCGUGUGGGACAUUGACAUUAUAACAGCCAUGUCGAACAUUGAUAAAACUGGGAAACCUAUCCAAAGUCUGCAGCUGUCUGGCAGAGAGGAUUUUGUGUACACCAUGGAUGGGUCAGAGGUCAUCCAUAAGUGGAACUACAGCACAGGUUUCAUUGAGAUGGUGUUCAAGCAUGAAGGCCUUGUUGAAAACUGUGUCUUGACAACAUCGGGUGACCUAAUGGUGACAUCUGAUGAUAAAAGUAGUCAGUACAUCUGGAAUACAACCACAGGUGAAAAUAUAUUCCGUAUCAAUGGUCAGAGGAUCUCACAGCUUCUCAUCACACACAAUGACCAGUUUGUAGUGUCCCUUUGCGAGCAGAAUGCCUCCCGCGUUUGGAGGCUUGCUACUGGUCACAAGGUGUGCAACAUUCUUGUAACACUCCAGCAUGCCCUCAUUACCACAGCAAACACAUUUCUUGUGGGAACCAACAUGAAUAAACUGUUGGCUGUUAGCUUGUGGUCAGGCAGUGUAUCCAAAAAGUUUAUCUGUGAUGAUGGGAUCACAAUUAUUAACUUCAAAUUAGUUCCUGACACUCCAGAUUAUGUCGUCUUCAUCACCUCCACAGAAACAGUUUUCAUCUGGAGUGUUGCCGACGAGUCUGUGUGUAGGCGGGUGCAGCUGCCUAGCAACUUUUUGAAGAACCUGGAAGAUUUCCAAAUAUCACCAAAUGGGAAAUUGGGCAUUGUGUUGAAAGGUGAUGAGAACAUUAAUGUCCUAGACCUACACAGUGGUAAACUGCGUCUUGUACAUGCUGCUGGCAUAAUCUGGCGUCAAAAUCUCUCACGAGAUGGACGCUACUUAGUGUACAUCUGUUUCCAGAAUUGCGAUGAAGAUGAUGAUGCAGGUGUGAUUUCUAGUCUGAUCGUCAUGAGAUUGGCAGAUGGUAAGAGCAUCGGGACCUGUUCCCUCUACAAAACGGCAACCUAUCUGUGCCUAUCACAGCGAGCACUUAACAUAAUUGUGGGAUUUGAGGAUGGCAGCAUUGGCACCUACACAGUUGUAGACCGUGUAGAUGCCACUCUGAAAAUCAAGAUAGCCACCUCAAACAGUCGCCAAAUAGUUAACAAUGCCUCACAGAAAGUACGACCUAAGUGUAGCACCAAUGCCUUCAAGACCAUUGCUGACUGUGUGUGGAGAGAAUCCACUGAGGUCUUCUCUCGGGAUAGUCCUAUCAACGUCUCUGACAGUGGAGAGCCAGAGUCAACAACACCCACAAAGAAAACUGAACUGCUGCAAUGA